AGCAGCGGAGAAACCGGUUCAGAUCCACCCGGGAGCGAGAGAGCGAGCAGCUGGGAUCGACUGAGAGCCGGAGCCCGGGAUCGACUGAGAGCCGGAGCCCGGGAUCGACUGAGAGCCGGAGCCCGGGAUCGACUGAGAGCCGGAGCCCGGGAUCGACUGAGAGCCGGAGCCCGGGAUCGACUGAGAGCCGGAGCCCGGGAUCGACUGAGAGCCGGAGCCCGGGAUCGACUGAGAGCCGGAGCCCGGGAUCGACUGAGAGCCGGAGCCCGGGAUCGACUGAGAGCCGGAGCCCGGGAUCGACUGAGAGCCGGAGCGGAAUCCGCGGGUUUGACAUUCGGAGCGACUCCGGGUCACUGAUUCCGGCCGCGAUGACCGAGACUCUCCGGACAGGUGGACACCCGGCCAGCCCGGUCCGGGAGAGCGGCCGCUUCCGUAAGGGAUGUAACCCAUAUGCCCAGACAGGUCGCAGCAAAUUGCAGAGCCAGAGAGUGACCCUCAACCAGCAGAUUAUUAAAGCAAUGCGGCUGCGAGCUGGAGCAGAAAACUUACUGCGGGCGACUGACAACAGCAAAGUCCGCGAUAUGGUGAUGCUGGAACUGAGCUUUGUCAACUCCAACUUGCAGCUGUUGAAGGAGGAGCUGGAAGGGUUAAACGGCUCUGUUGAAGUUUAUCAGAAUGAAAAGGAUGCGCUCUGCUUUCCCCUCAUCCCACUGGGACUGAAAGAAACAAAGGAAGUUGAUUUUGUGACACCCAUCAAGGAUUUCAUUCAGGAACACUACAGCGAGGACCCAGCAGAAUAUGAAGAUAAGAUCCUGGAUGUGAUGGACAUGCGGCAGGCUGUCCGGACUCCAAGCCGAAACGGGUUGGGUGUUGAGCUGCUGAUGUCCUACUACAAUCAGCUCAACUUCAUGGAGAAUCGGUUCUUCCAACUGAACCGACACCUGGGGCUUUUCUUCACCUGGUAUGACUCCUUCACUGGCGUGCCUGUGUGCCAACAACAUCUGUCUCUGGAGAAAGCCAGCAUUCUCUUCAAUAUUGGAGCACUUUACACCCAGAUGGGCACCCGGAGUGAUCGCAGGACCCAAGCUGGACUUGAAAGUGCCAUCGAUGCUUUCCAGAAAGCAGCAGGGGUGCUGAGCCACUUGAAAGAAACCUUCACCCACACCCCAAGUUUCGACAUGAGCCCAUCGAUGCAGAACAUGCUGAUCCGCUUGAUGUUAGCCCAAGCCCAGGAAUGUGCCUUUGAGAAGAUGGUGCUGCCUGGAAUUCGCAACCAAUACUUCAACCUGCUGCAGGUGGCACAGGAAGCUGCCAGGGUGUCCGAUGUGUACAGCUUCAUUAACCAGUCCAUCACACAGGCUCCAAUCAAGGAGCAUGUUCCCCCAGCAUGGUCCUACACUGUCCAGGUGAAGCUGGAGCAUUACAGAGCACUGGCGCAUUAUUUUAUGGCUAUUGCAAUGCUGGAUCACCAAUUGAAUGCCCGGGAUGAUGCUGACCAACAGGAGAUGCUGCUCUCUAAGCUGUAUGAUUCAAUGCCUGAUGGCCUCGCACCACUGUCUAUCCUCCAGAGCAAAGAAGAACGCAAACGUGUAGGGAAAGCUCACCUGAGGAAAGCCAUAAUGGGACAGGAGGAGGCCAUGAGGGUUCAGAACCUCUGCAAACCUCUGAGGAAGAACGAGAUCCUUCAAGAGAUUCUGAGAGUUUCCCAUAAACGCUCACUCACCAAGUAUUCUGAACACGAUCAAGAGGAUGAUUUUGACAUGAUGAACGCUCCCAAUAUAAUCGCUAAAAGUGAUCAAAAGAUUGAAGUUGUGCAGCCGCAAUUCUCCAAGGUGAAAGUGGUGGAUUUUUUCCACAAGCUGGGCCCGCUUAGUGUGUUCUCGGCUAAACAGAAAUGGACAGCACCGCGUAAAAUUCACUUGAUGCCAGGGGACCAGGAUCAAGGAUUCACGCUCCAGGGCGAGUCAGCAGUGCAGGUUAUGAGCUUGGAUCCCACCAGUGGUGCUGCUCGGUCAGGGCUGAGGGAUGGAGAUAUCAUUGUGUCUGUCGCAGGGAAAGAUUGUAAAUGGAAUUCGGUGAGUGAGGUGAUUAAGAUGCUGAAGGAGAUACCGGAAGAUGGACGAGACAUUCAGGUUAUCAGCCUUCAAGGACUGGAGACUGUGCAGCUGCCCAAGUGUGCGACGUACUAUGGUGGGUUACCCAAGACUUAUUCAUUGACGUGCUUGACUCUGGAUGAUGGGAAAAGCAGGAAGGGCAAGAAAGUGGUGAAGAAACUGUCGUUCCUGAACUGGGGCAUUAAGAACACAAAGAAGACAGCGAGUACAGUCAGCCUUCCCUCAGCAGUGGAUAGCAGCCCCCAGCAAGUCCCUGACAGCACUGCCCACUUCCGAGACACAUCUGAUGGGAGCUCUCUGUACUGAGGGGCCCUGUCUACUGACUGGGCUCCUGAUUCAAACUCCUAAAGCUUUGUAGACAAUUCUACCCUGUCUAUGCUCUCGUUUGGACCAUAAGCCAAUAAAUGGAGGCUUCCUGAAUUGUGUCUGAGGGUACAGAUGUGCAUGGUUUAUCUCAAACACCAUGUCCUUGCAGGUGCAGUAUCUCUCCUGCUUGAAGUCCAGCUAUUUAAUCUCUACUCUUGCCAAGCAGCUCAAUGAAUCUGUCUGAAUGUGUAGCUCUCGCACACAUUUCUAUAACUGACAAUCAGUUGAUCACUUUCUCCCCAGAACUAGCUCAUGACUCAUGUCCUACAGCAUAACUGAGGUGUUCCAGCUCUAUCACAUCUGAUUGCUAAAGAAUUGUUAGGGACUUCACAGCCUCUAUGUAAUGUCUGUAUGUAUUGCUCUUAUGAAACACUACACGCUUGGAUUUAAGCUUCUUGAUGGGUAUGGAGUUGACAUACAAGGAGGGGAGAGGGUCAGGACACUUCAUUCUGACAAACUCUCCUCAGUUUUUCAUUAUUCAGAACUAUAGAACUUCUGAUUGCUGUGAUCGAUUAUGAUCCUCUUUGGUACACACCCCAGAAAUGGGGUCAAAGGCCAAAGGUGAAUUGACAUCCCUCUCGCACAUUCAAACCACUGAAGAAUGAACAGCAAGCUGAUUCCUUUCUAUUUAAAAGGAAAUUAAACAAAUGCUUUGAAUUCUUGAGGUUGUAUGGUCAAUACUAUAUUCUGUUAGUUUAUAAAUACUAUCUACAGGGUAGAUUUAAAAUAUUACUGUUUGAUACUCAAAUGAAAAUUGUGCCUUAAUUUAACAAUUAGAAUAUAAAUCUUAAACAGCAAGUCUGAUUUAUUUUUGGGUACAUGCCAUUGGGUUAACUGCAUUGUUUAACCAGGGUCUAUGUGGGUUUAACUUAUAUAUAAAUACUUAUUCAAGUGUUUUGUACAGAACUUGUCCUGUAUUUAACAAGUUCAUUUAAUCGAGAUGUGUAGAUUUUGAUCUUUUCACUAAGCUCUGCCCCAACUGUAUGGUUUACUGCACUAUCUUCCAUUCUGUGUCGUGAUGGUGAGAUUAAUGCCCCUCUUUGAUCUGACCAUUAGAGGCACUGACCCCAUCCCUCUAGGAUAGGAUCUAUCCACCAAGAGAUGGCACUUUCUGCUGGUGUUGGGAGUGCAUUUACCCAUCGAAUAUGGAAGUGGUAAAAGAGCUCUCCCCCUGUGGAAGGCUUCAUGUUUAUUUCUCCUUUACUAUUACUCUGUUAAACUGGUGCCUCCCAUGAGGAUUCCAUUUCUAUUUAAACUCUGUCCCACCAGAACAAUAAACUCCAGGAACAAGUUACCCAACCCAUACACAAUAGAGAGAUCCACACUUCUACUCCAGGAGACUCCCAGCUCACAUCCUCUAGCCUUUGUUUUGUAUUUGGAUUAUUUAUGUUGUGAUUACAUCUGUAAAAUGAGAUUUUUUUUUAAUGUGUAGAAAUUAAAGAUCAAAAUAAAUGUACAAUUGCC